AUGCCGACCAAGUCAUCAGUCAAGCGCAGCUCCAUGCUCGGUAGCCUCAGCGUCGCCGAUCGUGCCAAAAAGUUCCAAACCGAGUCCACUGGCACAACCACCACUGCAACGCCCGCAAAGCCGAAUCACAAGCGAACCAAACUCGCACGCGCAGCCUUGCCGUCAUCAUCAGCAACAUCGGUAUCGGCAUCAUCAGCGUCGCUUCCUUCUUCGGAAGCUUCUGCCUCGUCUUCACAUAACGUCGAGCCAGAGUCUGUCGCCGUCCUCAAGCACGCGCGCAGGAUCAGUGUCUCGACGCCCAUGCACCGUCGUGCAAGCAGCGAUGUCAGCAUCCUCGACCCCUUCGUCGCUCACCAAUUAGUAGCAGAAGCAAACAGCAGCGGCAACACCGACCGUCGUCGUGCGUCGCACCGUUGCACUAGCCCGCCGCCCACCGUUCGAACUUCCUCCUUUGCCGAGAUCGAGCAACUGGCCGCCGAGCUCGAGGCCAACCGUCCAGCAUGCAGCAAGCCCGUCUCCGCCAUGCAACCCCGCCGCGCACGAGCUAGCUCUGUCCUCAUGAACAGCAUCACCGAGGAAAAUAUGCACCUCCGAAUGUGCCCCUCUACAGAAACCAUCCGUGGGCUUGCCUCGGUCCAGCCUCGCUCAUCCUUCGUCGAGGCAUCUGCGGCGCUGCGCGACGAGCAUGUCAGCUUCCACGUCUCACCCUGUCUUUCCGAGGAUGGCUCCAUCGACUGGCACCACUUUGUCAGCACCAACUACGGCGUCGCCUCCUCGCUCGACUUUCGCCAACCCAUCUCAAUCACCGACCUCGCGCUGCCCAUCUCAGCGCGCACGCGCGUCUACCAGUCCAAGCUCUGCAAAGCCGACAGCCCGACACUCAACGACGAGGCCACAUGGCUGGAGGAGGAGCUCGCCAACUGCAGCGACAUCGAUCACGACGAUGACGACGACGACAACGACGACGAGCUGGAUCAGCACAAGUCGUUUGAUACCGUGCGCCAUUCGCUCGACGAGGACGAGUAUCUGACGCCCGAGGGAAGUCCGUUGUUGUCGCCGGUCAACGCCAUGGCACCGCCUGUCGUCGAAAUCAUGGGCCUGGGGAUUCAGGAUGCUUCUCUGCUGCUGCCCGGCCAAGUGCAGGCGCAUGCGGACAAGUCGGCUGAUUCGCUCUUGGAGCAGGUGGCCAUGCACGAGGCCUGCAUUCGAACGCUGAACACACUCUCGCAUGACGAGCGUGACCAGGCGUCGGCUAUCGCUUCGGCUGUCAACAGCAGACAGCUUGGACUGCAUGUGCCACCCAUGCCCGACCGCAGGAGCAGCCUGGCGGUUCCCAGUACUUUCCAGCACCCAGGUCUGCGAAACGUCGGCUCCAACGGCGACUUUAGCGUUACCCAGUCGGACAGCUCCGGGCUGUUUGGGGACGACACGUACGAUGCCUCGCUGAGUCCCAUGGCCGACAUGGGUCACGGCCCAAGCGGCCACAACCCCUUUGAUGGCUGUGGCGAACGACGCGCUUCGGCGGCGAGCUACUUGUCGACCGACUCGACAGCCUCGGCGGAUCUGUCGAUUGCAUCGCACGGCUCGAGCCUGCUCUACAAUGUCCACCUCGUUGCACCGCGUAUGGAGCGCGCCGGAUCCACAGAUACCACUGUGAGCACUCGCCGUUCUUCCAUCGCCAGCAGCUACGCCGCUCACGAAAAGACGCCCGCGCCCGUCAAACCCCCGCGCAGCCCACUCCGCAUCAACGCCCCCGCCGUUCUCCCUACAUUGACGCAGGAGGCUUGCGAGGCGACGCCGCAGCCAGCUCAACGAGGAGCAGCAUCUCCAGCACAAGAGCCGCACGAUCUGGUGCGCAUGAAGGCCAUGCCUCUGCCGCCUCUGCCCCUCGAAGCCGACAAGCCUCCUCGAUCGUCCAGGGAGUCGGCGCGGGUGCUGCGUCAAGCCGGCCGCCGCAAAGCGGGCACCGACCAGCCCCAGCCACCGGCACGCCUGGACAGCCUGGACACCAUGGUGGCUGCUGCACCCAAGGAGACGCAGCUGCGCGAAGAGUUCCCCGAACGUCUGCUCGGAGACUGGAUGAGCGCCGCCGGUUCCAAGUAUCAAGGAGACUACGUCGUCGAGCGCAGGGAAGACGAGCACGUGGUGCGUGUCGAGCCGGUGCCCCUGCACAAGCGCAUCCGCAACAAGGACGGGACGACCUACUUGCCUGGGUUGGGUGAGAUUGUCCCACCGAGCCCAGACGUGGCUGUUGCCCAGCUGUUGAUGGACGACGACAUCCCCGUCUACCCCGGCAGCGCUGCACGCAAGCACUUGGGUGUCGGCCCGGUGGCGGCUCCGUCGGUGCUUUCCCCCUCGGCCACGUUGACCGCCAACAAGUCGGCAUCCACCACAACGCUCAAGAGCAAGCUCUCUGGUCGGUUCUCGGUCGGCAAUGCAGCCGCCAAAAUCGAACGCAAAAGCUCGGAAUCGUCGCUGCCCAACGUCCUCGGUCGACGCAUGCGCAAAGCGUCUGUCGCCUCGUCUUUCUCCAACACCGCUGCUGCUUCUACGGUCGAAAUGCCCUCGGCAUGGAAGGACCGCCUGAUCGGCAAACGACCGUCGAUGGAUCUGCGAAGACCUAGCCUGACCUCGCUCACGUCCGCGUCGACUUCGGCGUCGUCCUCGUCGAGCACGGGCUCGGGCGGAACACUGCUCCCCACCGCGAUCACGCCCGAACCCCGCUCCCGUUCCAGCAUGGGCUUCCGCAAGAUGCUCAGCUCCAUUACUGGCAGCAGCACCGACCCCACCGCGGCCAGCCCGGAACCCCCCGCAACGAACACCCCGCAUUCUGCGGUUAGCAGCGCAACGGCAGGGCCACAGCCGAGGACACUGCAGGCGUUGGCAGCGAGCACGUUCGAGUCGCCCAAGGCAGCGCGCCGGCUGUCUGUGCGUCGCCCCACGCGCAAGUACGAGUCGUUCAUGCAGCUUUCCGACGACGACGAUGAGGCGGCCGAGGAUUCGGCGAGCACGGCCGACGUCGACUCGCCGCCACCUGUGGCCAAGAACCGCAAGGACCUGACCAAGAUCCUGGGCGCGAGUGAGGUCGAUCUCUCGCAACCCCUGGCUGCUAAGAGGAGCACCGGCUGGCACAAGUAG